AUGAGUAAUUCAGAGGAUUCUUUAGAAGAUUUUGGUGGCGAUGGUCAAGAUUAUAGUAUAUUAUUUGCUACAGAUGAGGAAUUUGCAAACAAGGAUGAUGCUGUUGCUUGGGUGAAAGGCAUGGGCAUGGCAAAUGAUUCGAAGACACAGAUCACUGGGUGUAAAUUUAAGUUAUAUGUGCACUCAGUGGAUGGGAAGUGGCGCAUUCGAGUGUAUCCUGGUGAGUUUGGAAUGCAUAGCCACGAGCUGUUUGACGAAGAUCAUCCCACGAGGGGCCUUAGCGAUGGAGUGAAACAGCUUAUACAGGGUAUGUCCAAAGAUGGGUACAGACCGUGUCAGAUCAUGGCUGCGAUUCAAAGGAUCUUUCCUGAUGAAAAAGUUAACAGACGACAUUGUGGAAGCUAUUGCCAGGAUGAGUACAAUAAAGCUGUUGCCGUAAUAAACCGUCGUUGGCAGUCUUUUCCGAGAGUUCUUACUUAUAUCCAGAAGACAUGGCUAGUGGUUGACUACAAAUUCGUCAAGGCAUGGACGAAUGCUAUGUUUCAUAUGGGCAACACUACUACAGGUAGGGUGGAGAGCGUGCACAAGCAGUUAAAAACCUGGCUGGAAACAUCCACGGCGUCCCUGGAUACACUUUGGGCUAAGGUGCACUUGGAAAUUCAGAGUCAACUAACCGAAAUACGGUACAAACUGGAGUACUCAAGACAGAAAAUUGGCACCCAUUAUUGCGGUUUUCCACUGAACCGCUUGAAGUGUCAAGUUUCACAUACUUGUUUGCAAAAGCUGAACACUGAGUGGUCGAAGGCGCAAGAGUGGAAAGAAGAAACCAAUGACCGAUGCGAUCAUGUGGUGUACUGGACUUGUCGAAUUCCAUGUGCGUGCGCCCUCAAAAAGGCUGCAGAUGCCGGCACAUCGAUAACUCUUAAGCAUAUUCACCCAUUCUGGGCGACCCUUAAUAUCGGUGAACAGGCUGGUACAAGUGCUCCUAGCAAUGUGGAUGACGAGGUCCUUUAUACCAGACAGUUGAUGGAAGAGCUGAACGAGUGUCCUAAGGCAGUACGAUGUACUGUAAAUAGGGUUCUCUACGAUAUUAUGCAUCCAGACCAGUGUGGGUUCAAACAACCCGAGGAGGUCAAGAGAAGGAAGGGGCGGCCUAAGGGGGCUAAAUCAAAGAAAAAAGCAGAGGCAAACACUCUUGCACAUGAACAAUCCCCACAGAAAAAAGCAACUCCUAAUGUGUGGGAUUACAGGGACGAGGUGCAAGGAAAGUCGACCACAGUUACUAGCGAUUCAAGUAAGAAGCGCCCCUCGUCUUCAGGUGGUCGUACAGAUGCAUCCACAUGUUAA